AUGAGGAGAUUUGCUGAGAUUGUUGAUAAACUAAGGCUGGUGGAUCUUCCUUUACAGGGGAGAGAGUUCACUUGGAAUGGGGGCCUCAAUAACCAGUCAUGGGCUAGACUAGACAGAUUUCUUGUGUCCCCUAUCUGGUUAGACCAAUUUAGGGGAGUUUUCCAAAGCAGGCUGCCUCGCCCGGUUUCUGAUCACUUCCCAGUCCUUCUAGUGGGGGGUGGGAUAAGAAGAGGUCUUUCUCCUUUUAGGUUCGAAAACAUGUGGCUUAAGGUUGAGGGAUUCAAAGACCUUAUUCGAAGCUGGUGGCGGGGGAUUGAGGUAAGGGGCAGUGCUAGCUUUAGAUUGGCUGUUAAAAUGAAGGAAAUCAAACAAAAGUUGAAAGUAUGGAAUAAAGAGGUGUUUAGGAGGUUGGACUGUAACAAAUCUUCAGCCCUGCAGCAAGUGGAUUUCUGGGACCGGGUGGAAAGCGAGAGAAACCUGAAUGUGGAGAAAAGAGAGUUAAAAAAAGAAGCAAAAGAAAGUUAUAAAAAGUGGGUGCUUCUAGAGGAAAUUCAUUGGAGACGACUUUCAAGGGAGAUCGGGCUAAGGGAGGAGGACAAAAACACGAGCUUUUUCCAUCGUAUGGCAAGUGCCUAUCGUAGAAACAACUCCCUGGACAUAGUUAAGAUUAAUGGGGAGUGGCUUUCAGAGGAGCAGAAAGUGAGAAAAGGAAUUGCUAAUGCUUUCCAGCAGCUGCUCUCAAAAGAUACGGGAUGGAAGGCGGAUAUUGGGAGGCUUCAGCUUGAUCAAAUUAGUCAGCAAGAAGUGGAGAACCUAGAGAUUCCUUUUUCAGAGACUGAGGUACAUUCGGCUUUGAUGGAGAUGAACAGGGACAAAGCCCCUGGUCCGGAUGGCUUUACUGUGGCCUUUUGGCAAAGCUGUUGGGACUUUAUUAAGACCUAUCAGCAUUUUGGGAGGGCUUUAUAA